GCGGCAGUUGAACACAGUCAUCGGCAAUCAAAUUAUAAGUCUACAUCUCUGUCUACAGUUACAACGUUGUUAUUGUUUCAUUAUGGCCGCUCCGGACGCUAUAAUAAAAAAUAUUAGGAUUAAGACUGGCGUAGUCAAAAGAAUCGCCAAGGAAAAAAACAUGUACGAGAAAGAGGCCCAGAUGCUGCAGGAGAGGGUAGAGAAAAUGAAGGCCGAGGGACGGGAUGAACACGACAUCAAGAAACAGCAAGAGGUGACGCAAGAAUCAAACAUGAUGAUUCCAGACUGUGUUAAACGGCUCAAAGCUGCAAUGGCUGACUUGGGAAAUCUUCUGGAUUCGAACCAGGAUCUCUGUGAUGCGGAGGAGUAUAAGGCAGCAAAGAACACGAUGAAUGAAUCCGCUUCCGUCUUAACGGGCAACUAGAAUGGCGGGAGCCCUUAAAAUUUGUCACUUCUCACCGAGUCACCUGAGCUGUACCAAAAUUAUAUCACUCCAAAAAAAUGUCCAACCAUCAAAUCGGUGAAAUCUGGCCCAUUUCAGAAGUUCCUAGCAUCCGGUGCUGGUGCUGGUGCUGGUGUAUGACCCACUAGGAUAAUCUACAUUCUUGGUGUCUGUUUCAAUUUUCCGUAGAGUAUAUCUUUGUUACAACACAUUGUUAUAAUCAGACAGAUCGUAAAAAUAACACAAGGCUGCUGCCGUUGUUAAUGCAAUGUGAUGAACAGGAAACCCUGUGUGAAUCCAUAGCAACACCUAGGAAGGAGGCAGACAGUAGGUAUUGGAAACUAAAUCACAUACCUGUUAAUUUAGAUGAUUUAGGUAUGAAUGGCAAGUUUUAGAACUCGUGACGAUGUCAAGAGUGCAGUUGUGGAAGAAACUCUAAGAUACGAUUUUGACCAAAUCUGCAGUUUCUCCCGAUCAUUUAACUCAUCCCAGCCAUAGAAAAUUUUACUCAUCUCCAUUGACAGGAUUAAGGGGUUUUAACCAAUCAAGUUUCUUUUGAUGGUGUGGGUAAUCCACUGUGCAUGAGAAACUUCCUCCGUUGAGAUGUUCAAUAAUUAGAAAUCACGCUACCUAUCACAUUCCUAAGGAGUGAUAAAGAACAUUC